AUGGGUAGAGACUUUACAUGGAUUCAAUCCAUUGGGGUUCUUUUUGACAACCACAAGCUACAAAUCAGUGCUCAAAAGGCUUCCUCUUGGGAUGAUGCCAUUGACCAUAUCUCCCUUACAUUGGAUGGGGAAAGCAUCUUUCUCCCAGAAAUCGAAGGAACCAACUGGAACUCUUCCACAACAUCAAUCACUAGGAUUCAGGAUACUAAUAGUAUUGUUGUUGAAGUAGCAAACCUCUUCAAGAUCACAGCCAAAGUGGUUCCAAUAACGAAAGAAGAAUCAAGAAUCCACAACUAUGGCAUAACCAAUGACGAUUGCUUUGCACAUCUUGAUCUCAAAUUCAACUUCUUUUCCUUAAGUAAGGAGGUGGACGGGGUUUUGGGAAAGACUUAUARGGACGACUACGUAAGCAAGGUGAAAAUGGGGGUGUUGAUGCCURUGAUGGGAGGAGAUAUCAAGUUCGCAAGUGCAAAUUUAUUUGCAACUGAUUGUUCUGUGGCUAAGUUUAAGGGCUCCAAUGAAGAAGGUUCCACCUUGAACCUGGAAUUGCCAAGCUUGAGAUGCCAAAGCGGUUUUGAUGGGCGASGUGUUGUCUGCAAGAGAUAG